UUGGUCGCUUACAAUUAUUGGAGAUCUUUUCGCGUCUUUACCUCUGCCCAAUGCCUGACGCAUCGUCAAGAAAGAUUAUUGUCGUCCUCGGAGGAUCGUACGGUGGCGUCUCGACGGCGCACUACCUACUCAAGCAUGUCAUUCCCAAGCAGCCCACCCCGGAUCUAUAUCAGAUCAUCCUUGUUAGUUCGUCAUUCCAAGCCAUGUGUCGACAGGCCUGCCCUCGUGCCUUGAUUUCCGAUGAGUAUUUCGACCAGAAGAAGCUUUUCGUCGACAUUCGCAGCAUGUUCGCCCAUUACCCCGAGGGCAGCUUCCGAUUCAUCCACGGAACAGCGACUGCAGUGACGCACACCGAGAGAAGCGUUUCAAUCGCCAUGUCCUCUGGCGGAACCCAUGAGACUAUUGCAUACCACGUCCUCGUCAUCGCCACCGGCGCCUCUACGCCCUCGCCCGCCCUCGGCCUCAACCAGGACGCCGUCCACCUCCGGAGUAGCUGGUCCGCAAUCCGACAGACCCUACCGCACGUCAAAACCAUCGUGAUCGCAGGUGGUGGACCAGCGGGGGUGGAAACAGCCGGAGAGUUGGGAGAGCACCUCAACGGGCGCCACCGCGGCGGGUGGAUGUCUUUCGGACGGAGCCCGAAUCAGCCCCCGAACGUACACAUUACUCUCGUCACAUCCGGCUUCAGACUGCUUCCCGCCUUGCGACCGGCACUUGCAAUUAAAGCCGAGCGGCUACUCGCCGACGUCGGCGUGUCAGUCAUCAAGAACGCCCGCGUGCAGAGUGUCCAUCCUGAGAAUGCCGGUCCUGAUGCAGUGGCUGCGACGGUGACGCUGGAAGACGGGCGAACGCUCCCUGCAGACCUGUAUAUUCCUGCUACGGGAACGAAGCCUAAUACCGGCUUUCUGGACCCAAGUCUCGUGGCUGCGGAUGGUCGAGUCGAGACAAACUCAACUCUACGUGUGAGGAAUGCAGGGGACAGGGUUUAUGCCAUUGGGGAUGCGGCCUCGUACGCGGCGCGGCCGUCAGUGCAUGGUAUUCUGCAGGCUGUGCCGAUCCUUUGUGCUAACAUCAGGCGGGAUUUGUUGCUGGAGGGCGGAGGAGUAGGAGAUGGUGACGGAGAUUCUGUGUUCAAGGAGGAUACACGUGAGACGCAGAUCGUUCCGAUUGGGACGGCUAGGGGUGUCGGAGCGAUGAUGGGGUAUAAAUUGCCCGGGUUUUUGGUUUGGCUGUUCAAGGGGCGCGAUUAUUUUCUGUGGACGACGAAGAAGAUCUGGAGUGGCGAGCAGUGGGGCUAACAAGCUUUGCAGAUGCGUCUGUGGAGAGUUGAGUAGUG